AUAGGUUUCUAGAUUCUUCCACUGUGAGCUCUCAUGGCUACCAUAUAAAUUCGAGCUCUAGCUUUAUUGGGUUUGUUGGAAAACUCAUAAAAAUCUCAUUUUGGUGAAGGGGUUAGAAGAAAGUUUCUAUUUUGAUCAGGAGUCUGUUCGUUUGAGGAGGAGAAUCCUCAAAUUUUUGCUGAGGGAGUUUUUGAAGAGGGCCCAAGUAAUCAGAACGAUGGAUGAAUCAUUGGCUGCUUCUAGAUAUUGGUGCCAUAUGUGCUCAAGAAUUGUGGACCCAGUAAUGGAGGUUGAGAUCAAAUGCCCUCUCUGCAAUGGUGGAUUCAUUGAGGAAAUGGAAGCCCAAGAAAACCCAGCGCCUUCCUCCGCUAAUAAUCCCAAUUCAACGUCUGAUUCUGACCAGGACCUCUCCUUGUGGGCCCCCAUCCUACUCAGCAUGCUCAACGAUGGCCUCCGCCGUCGCCGGAGGUCUCAGAUGAAUGAAGGACAAGAGGAAGAAUCAAACGCAGCCUCUGAACAAGACAAUGAGCUCGCGUCCCUCUUACGUCGACGCCGGCGAACUUCGGCCAUCCUCGACGUCCUCACGGACAUCCAACAAAGGUUGCACAUCAGAGACCAAGAACAAGGAGAGAGACAGGGAGAACAUAUGAUCCUAAUCAAUCCCUUCAACCAAGCUGUGAUCAUCCCGGGGGGAGCCAUUGAUCCCACCAGCAUAAACCGCAACAUCAGAGCUUCGGUAGGGGAUUAUUUCAUCGGCCCUGGCCUCGAUCAGCUGCUACAACAUUUGGCUGAGAAUGAUCCUAAUAGGCAAGGGACUCCUCCGGCGAGUAAAGAGGCGGUCGAGGCGAUGGCUAGAAUUAAGAUCGAGGAGAAAAUUGGGAGUUGCUAUGUCUGUUUGGAGGAGUUUGAGAUAGGGGAGGAAGCGAGGGAGAUGCCUUGCAAGCAUAAAUUUCAUGAGGGGUGUAUAUUGCCCUGGCUUGAGGCUCAUAGUUCGUGCCCCGUCUGUAGGUUUCAGAUGCCCGUUGAGGGGCCGAAGAACGAGUCCAUUGGCGCUGGCAAUGGUAGCACAGGCGCAAGUGGGGGUAGUAGAGGAGGAGGUAACGGCAAUGGUAAUAAUGGCAGUGGGGGGAGGUCGUGGAUGCCGGUGCCUUGGCCUUUUAGUGGAUUGUUUUCGUCUUCGUCUUCGUCGCCUUCUCAAAACGGAGGGGAUGGGAACGGGAAUUCUCUGUCAGAAGAUGGUCCUGAUGAGCAUUGAAGAAGUUUGUUCAUUGAUCAUCUUGUUCUUUGUUGAGUUCAGUGGUAUGAUGCUGUACAUAGUCUUCUGUUUCGUGAAUUGGAAUUGUGGCUUAAUAAAAUUGAAUACCGUGAUCUUGUCCGAGCCUAAUUCAUUGUGCUCCUUCUGCGCUCGUUCUUCAUCUGUGUCAGCAGAGCAAUCAGUAAAACCAAUGCCGAGUCUUGCGACAGUAAGCCGAUAGAGGGUGAUGCUUGCGGAAAUGCUAUUAUGGGCGGUACCUGAGACGUUUGUUUGAAUCAUUUAGGCUCGUAUCAUGUUAGCGGACAGUAGAUGAGAAGUUUAUUUGAGUCAUUUAGGCCAUCUUUAGCGCCGUUAAUUUAGUUUAAAGGCUAACAUAUCUUUUACAGCAGUUAAUGUUAGCUAAUCCCUCAUCCAGAAGAGCUGGCCAUUUUUAUUCUACUGGUUGGGAUUUCGUUGCUAUCCAUAAA